UUUUUGGCGAAAGGGGAGCUUCCCCCUUCUCUUGUUCUUCUUCCCCUUCCCGCCUCUUAUUCGCAGCGAGGGCAGCAACAACAGCAAUGGUGAAGACUCAGUACGGCAUCAAAUACGCCGUCCACCUUAUCACCAAUCACUUUGGCAAUCUCGUCGCUAAAGUUUGUGAAUGUCUUCUCCGCAAAGGACCGCUAACUCUCCAUAAUAUUGUCCGAUACACUGAGCUCACUCAGAUGCAGGUGAAGAACAGUUUACUCGUCUUAAUCCAGCACAAUUGCGUUCAAGCUUUCCGUCUCGCUGAUACCGGUGGUUCCCAGAGUGCGCCAAAACAAAUUACUCAGUACAUAGCAUUGUUUGAUAAUAUACUUCAUCGUAUGAGGUUUUCCAAAUUUUUGGCGAUUAUAUCCCAAGAAUUUGAUACAUUGUGUGUAGGCAUUGUUGAGGGUUUGCUUCAACAUGGUAGGCUUACCCUGAGGCAAAUUGUUGAGAGAGCCAACUCUAGUCAGAAGGAAGGAAAUAGUGUAGGUAUGGGUGCUGUACAAGAAAACCUUCGCAAACUUGUGAUGGCCCGGUAUGUUGAACAUUGCCCCACUGCUGAACCCUUUCUUGAAUCACCAACUGAAGAUGAUGCUCCUGCAAGGAAGCGAGGUGCUAAGUCAUCUAAGAUGGUUAUAGAACCAGAGACCCUAGAACAACGUGUUAUGGAAGCAGCAAGGCCUAUGGAAGCAAAAAGAUUUUCACUUGAAAUGGAUACUGAACUAAAUGAGGAUGGAGAAAAAGACCAGAAUAAAUCCCCUGACAAACAUGUCGGAGACAAGCGCAAACGUGAUGCUUCGGACCCUAAUGUAGAUAGCGAUACUACAGAAGAUCAAGUAGUUCUUUGGCAUGCCAAUUUUGAGGAAUUUAUUCGUCGGCUUAGGCAUAAGGCUUGCAUUGAGAAUGUGAGAGCACGCAUGGAUGAUGGAGCUGCCAUUGUCUUAAGUGCAAUGCUGGAGGCAUCUAAAACUGAAGAGAAAAAAGUGAGAACAGCAAGUUCAGUUCCAUUGUCGGUGAAUUCCAUUUAUGAGGAGGUAAUUAAGAGUGAAAAAGGUCGUAACAUGACAUUUGAUCAUGUCAGAUCUGCCCUUGUGCAGUUGAGUUCUCCUCCACCUUUUGUGACGGUUAUUGAUGAAUCAUAUAGUAUAGAUUUUAAGCAUAUUAUUGAAGUAGCUCAGAGUGAAGAGGUGGAGUCCAUUGUCUUGAAAAGAUUUGGCAGGGAUGCUUAUAGAAUGUUUAGGUUACUGUCAAAGGCUGGUCGCCUACUUGAGACUGAUAAGAUUUCAGAUAAAAUAUUUGUUGAAAAGAAGGAAACAACUAAGAUUCUUUAUAAGCUGUGGCAGGAUGACUACUUGCUUAUGGAGAAAUUAGUUGUGGGGACAGCAACUUUCUUGUUGUGGAAGGUAAAUAAACAUGUCUUGUGGGAACAUGUACUGGAUGAGAUGUUCCAUGCUGCCUUAAAUUUGAGCCUUCGAGUUGCUUAUGAGUUAGAACAGCAAAAGGAGAUUGUAAAUUUGCCAACUGAUAGACGCGAGGGGCCGAUGAAAGAGAAAUACGAAAAACUUAAAAAAAUGAGGGUUCUGAUGGAGUCCUCACAGAUGAAGCUUGAUGAUGCUAUUAUGCUUUUCCAUGACUUCUGAAGUGCAUCCGAUGACUGUAAUAUCACCAUCUUUAUCAAUAAUUUUUUGUUUAAUAUUAAAUUUUAUAUCAAUUCCAUUGAAUUUUGUCUUC